GAUGCACGUGUACGCACGGUUGCUGCAAUUGAAAACUUACAUUGUGCCACAUUUAAUAUAAAAAUAAAAAAACAGCUUAAGCAGAAACGAAAAUAAAGAAAAACAACGGCUAUUUAAUAACUGUAUCCCCAGUCAAACCAACAGCAACAACAACACGAACGUUGCUCACGUACGAGGCGGAUACACAAAAAUGCGAAGCUCACGCGCGCCUAUGUGUGCGUUUGUGUGUGUGAGUGAGUGAUUGUAUCGAAGUGUGUAGUGCUUAUAUCGCAUACCUAUAGAGCAGUACCUAACGGGCCCAUGCAUACAUAUACAUACAAAUAAAAUAAUACAAAGGCAACGCUGUCGUCGCUGUCCUCGACGCCCUGCUUCUCCCCGUUUCCCCCCGCCCUUCGUGACCACGUUCACUGUCGUUGGUCGAGUGCUAAACGGAAAUAUUUGGUAGUCCAGGUUAUUGCCAGAGAAAAUAUAUAAAGAAAAACAAUAAAAAAAUAAAAACAGAAAGAAAAACACAAACGUUAAACCGGAGAAAGCAACAAUGGCAGCCCAAAUGAGCGGCAAUCGAAGCGAAAAAUGUUUGCACACAUAAAUGUUGACUCUCCACUAAUUAUUCCGCAUUGCGCAAUCGAUUGUCAAAAUAAAUCAGCUCUGCAAAAAGUAUAGAACUCCGAAUUGGGCUCAAAAUGAAGCCGGCACACAGGCAAUGCGAGGAGUACACAUAGAAAAGGUGCUUUGAGACUUUAUCAGACUUAAGCUUCUAUGUUGAGGCAGAGGCCACUGGAAACAACAACAACAGCAAGGAGAAAGUACAAUAAAGCCGAGAAAAAAUCAGCUGCCAGUUCAUCGAUCAACGUGAAUUAUGUCGAGGGAUAACAAAUACAGUUGGGCCUGCCCCCAGAAAGUGCUUUGGCUAACACAACUGUGGCUCUUGCUGGUGUUAUUUGAAAGCAGCUUGGUCAUCAGCGAAGUGCCUCCACACUACUGGGAAACCCCCUACUCGCAGCCGUAUUUUGAUAACUCCUCGCGGCGUGAGGUCACGGCAACCGUGGGGCAAGCGGCGCUGCUGCAUUGCCGCGUUAGGAAUCUGGGCGACCGGGCGGUCUCCUGGAUACGCAAGCGGGACCUGCAUAUACUGACCGUGGGCAUAUUGACCUAUACGAACGAUCAGCGCUUUCAGUCGCUGCACUCGGAGGGCUCCGAUGAGUGGACGCUGCGCAUCUCCUCGCCGCAGCCGCGCGACUCCGGCACCUACGAGUGCCAGGUCUCAACGGAGCCGAAAAUCAGUCAAGGAUUUCGCCUGAACGUCGUAGUGUCGCGCGCUAAAAUUCUUGGCAAUGCGGAGCUGUUCAUCAAGAGCGGCAGCGACAUUAAUCUCACCUGCCUGGCGAUGCAGUCGCCGGUACCACCGUCGUUUAUCUAUUGGUACAAAGGCAAGCGGGUCAUGAAUUAUUCGCAGCGUGGGGGCAUUAAUGUCAUCACCGAGCGCUCGACGCGGACCAGCAAGCUGCUGAUAGCCAAGGCCACGUCCGCUGAUUCCGGCAACUACACGUGCUCGCCAAGUAGCUCAGACUCCGCCUCGGUGGUGGUGCAUGUCAUAAAUGGCGAACAUCCGGCUGCAAUGCAGCAUGGCAACAGCAGCGCCAGCUCCUUGCGCUCCACGUGGAGCCCAGUGCCUUUACUUGCCGUGACAACGACGACAGCUGCGGUAGCUGUCACAUGGAACUGGAAUUGGAACUGGAGCAGCAGCAGCAGCUUUGUUGCAGCCGCAACGCUGCUACCGGCGGCCCUGGCGAAUUGGUUUGGUCGCCGCAGCUCCAGCUGGAGCUGGAGUUGGAGCCUGAGCUGAUGAUGUGGCAGCUGUUGCGGCAAGCUGAAUGACAGCCCCGGCCUAGUUGGGGCAGUUGCACUUAUCUUCUGUUUAGUGUUAAUGAUGAUGCAUUUAAUGUAUGUGUAUGUGUGUGUUAGAAGCCCGACUCGGUUCAUAAACUAAAUGGUGUACAUACUGCAAAAGUCCUUUAACGAGUAUAAUCUGUAAGCAAACCAAAUACGAUAUGGCAGCCAAGGUGACUAAAAAAGCAAAAAUAUAAAAAGAGAAACAAGUAUUAAGAAGCAAACUUUUAAAAAUGAGAAAAAGAAACCCAACCUAAACAUACGUUUGCAGUAAAGCAUAUUCGAUAAACGAAUCUCUCUAAGCUUUUCAUUUCAAUUUAAAAAGAUAAAAACGCUUUCAUCUUGAAUUUCGCAAACAUUUUGUAGUUUGAUUUUUUUGUGGCGCUGCUUGUUAAAAUUUAAUAGCUAAAAUAUUUCGAAGUACAAGUUUAUUAAACAUAGAUAUUCAUUCGGGUCAAACACACAAAACUUGUUUAUUGCCGCCAAAAAGUAUGCAACGAAAAACUAAUUUUGAGUUGAAAGCGUUUUCAGCCCCAGCCUCGCCGUUCGUUCCCCUUGUACACAAAACUCACUUGUAAUUCUUUGACAUAAUUCAUAUACAUAUUCAUAUAUAUAUGCAUAUAAAGUUAAAUAUAGUGAAAAAUAUAAAUCUAUACAGCUCACACAAAGUCCAGCCAAAUUACACGCUAUUUAAUUUUGAUUUCCCAAAUGGUUUUAGGCAUUCAAACAAAAUUAAUAAUAAAAUAACAAACGUAAUGAAUUGUGCAGCCUGGUCCUGUGUAUAUAGUAUAAAUAUUUGUUGUGCAUCGGCUUGCAUCAUUCAUUAUUUAAGCAAAACAAAACAAAUGCAUGGUAAUAACCACAACAACAAAAACAACUACAACUAGAACAAGAACAAAAUUUUUCCUUGAUUCUGUAUUUCAAUCUGUAUACAAUUUAUAAAACUUGAAAAAAUGUCGAUGUAUAUUUCUAAGUUCUUAUCUGAUUGUCUGCCAUAAAGUUCUAUGUAGUCCAUCAACGUGUAAAAUAAUUAAUAAUUGAUAUUACAUUAUUAAUAACUGUAAAUUUAGCGCUCGAUUUUAAGCGGUCUUGAUAAGACUUUUAAGCGAUAAGUAUAGACGACCCCAAGUUGACAACUCUCAAAUCACAAAAACAAAAAUA